AUGAUUCGCGUUUCGCUUGCUCACACUUCUUUUUGCCGCGCGGCCACCAAAGUCUUAGCAAAGCCUUGCGUGUCCUUCUGCACUCGAGCAAUACAUCCCGCGAAGACCGGACUUGUUGACGAAGAAUUUCUGUCUGGAUAUCGUCCUUCAAGCUAUUUCCCAGUCAAAUCGGGCGACGUCAUCCAUCAGGUAUACAAUGUUAAGGUAAAGCUCGGUUUUGGUAGAAGUUCCACCUCGUGGCUCUGCACCGAUCAAAGCGGAGCUUUUAAGGUCCUCAAGAUCUCAACCGCUAGCGAUACCGCCACAAGAGAAGCGAGGGUCUUUGAUUAUCUACACGACUCUUCGCUCACCACAGAGCUCCAAGGCAGAUACUGCGUCCGUCGGCCGGAAACCACUUUCGAUUUAACUCUGGAUGGUCGGACCCAUCAGUGUUUCGUGUUCGAGCCACUUGGACCAAGCCUACACGAAUUUGCUCUACAUCGAGGAGGUUUGCGCAUCGAUGAGGUGCGUUUCAUUGUCGCGUAUCUCCUAUAUGCAGUUGAAUUCCUCCACUCCCACAAUGUUGUACAUACAGACAUCAAACUCGACAACGUACAGCUUAUGCUCCCAGACAAUGCKGACGAAGUGCUAGCUUCAUUCGCUGCGGAAGAAGAGAACAUGCCAUCUUUCAGCAGGUUGAAUACCGACGGAUCCGUAGUUUGCACUUCGCGCGAGAUGAUGCAGGAGACGCUUUCAUUCCCAAUACUAUGUGACCUCGGAGCAGCCGAAUAUGGACAGUUAUCCUAUGAAGGACUGGCACAACCUUUGCCAUAUCGUGCCCCGGAAGUUAUUCUUGGUGCCAGCUGGAACCAUAAGGUUGAUAUCUGGAGCCUAGGUGUACUACGUCUCUUUAGACAAUCCAGCGAACGAGAUAGCAUUCGCUUAAUGAUCCAGUACAUGGGGCUACCACCUCGUGCGCUCCUUGAACGCUGUUCUCGACAUGGCGAGUUGUUCGAUACUCAUGGACACUGGAGCCAUGGCGAAAUCACACGUAUCAACCUUGAGGAUCGAGUAGACUUUGAUGCCACAAACCUGCCAUUCUUCGACUUCUUAAGAUCAAUGCUGACUUGGGACCCGGAUGUGCGUCUUUCAGCUUCACAGCUACUGAAACACCCAUGGCUUAACGUUACAUGA